AUGAAGCUUCGACACUCCGGCCAUAGCUCCGGUGGUUCCUCAUUUCCUUUCAACGCGUUAGUCUUUGUCCUACAUUUCAAUUUACUCUCCGCCAAUCCGAGCCCAUUAUCCACUCUUUCGCUUGAAGACGAUUGGAAGCCCACCAAGGCCAUGACUCGAUCCCGUUUAUGCAAAGAGAAAUCGCAAAGUGAUUAUCAAGUGCCAGAUGAUGAUCACUUGGAGGGCACUUCUGCACGAACAAGACCACUGAGCUAUGAUGACGUAAUGCUCAUAAGAAAUAACAAGAAAGGUGCAGCAAAAGUAGUUGCCGGUGACCCUGAAGAGGCUAAUAUUGCAACAGGGCAUGAUGACCACAAGAAGAAGUCUGAUAUCCGAGGGCAUCAUAGGGAAACAAACGAGGAUUCGAAACCUAUGGUUGUGAGACACACUUCAAAUGACUCUCAGAAGGUUAGUUCUCAGUUGAAAAGGGAUAGCAGUGCUCCAAUGAAGAGUGGAAAGUUUGUUCAGGGCAGCGAUGAAGGGUAUAGGAAUCGUACUUUCAGGUUAAAGAGUGUAUGGGAAAAAGUUGAUGACAGCAAGAGAGAGAAUGAAGGAGAAAAUGAAAGAGGACAUCAAAACAAUCGAAGAAGAGAUGGUCCAGUAGGUGUUGAUUCUCAUAAUGGAUCAAAUAAGAGAGAAACCAGAGAUUCAUAUAAAAAGGAUGCAACUUCUGUAAGAGGCAGAGUCAGAUCCAAAGUUGAUCGGCCACAUCUCCUUGACAAUGAAAGCCAGGUCAACAGAAAGAGGAAAACUGAACAGCGAACGAGCGGCAAGUCUGAGAAAGAGUAUAAAAGAUGGAACGAACAAGGUGUGAACCAGACAGAAAGACUAUUAACCAACAGAGGCAGAGAGAAAGCCGAAAAAGAAACCAGACACAGACGUCAUAACGAGGAGGAUAAAACUAAAAGCAGACAUACAAAUAAAAGAGAUGUUCCUCGAAGGAAAGAGCCGGAGCUGGCACGAGCCUCUAUUGAAGAGUCCAGAGCCAAGAGGAGAAGAUCAAGGAGCAGAGAGCGCGUCAAGGGCAGAGAUAGAAGGUCUCGUUCACACUCACCUAAGACGCACAAGCACACUUCGAAAGAUAAAAGGGAACAUGGUGAAAUAUCAUCUCACUCGAGUAAAGACAGAUCAGGAAGAGAACAUUCUGAUAUUGACAAGAAAUUGAUACCCACUAGUGGGUCUAAUAGCCUCAAUAGACGAAACACUGAGCCCUCGAGUGGUCUUGGGGGUUAUUCACCUAGAAAGAGGAAAACAGAUGCAGCUGGUAGAACACCUUCCCCUACCCGUCGCUCUCCAGAAAGAAGGACGGCUGGUUGGGAUUUACAACCUGCUGAGAAACAGACCUUCGUAGCUAGUUCAGCUCUUCCCAAUUUGCAGUUGCUGCCUCCUAGCCAGAAUGUUGCAUUGAACGCGAUAAAUUUUCAGAGUGUCGUUCCAAUGGCUCCUACUUUGGUGAGACCUACUGUAGUUUCUCAUCAGAACAUGUCUUCACAGAUGCAUGCCAUAGAAGCUGUUCAGCUAACUCAAGCAACACGACCUAUGAGGAGGCUCUACGUGGAAAACUUACCUUCGUCGGCGUCUGAAAAAGACUUAAUAGAAUGUAUUAAUAAGUAUUUGCUGACAUCUGGUGUUAACUGCAUUCGAGGAACACAACCAUGUAUCAGCUGUAUUAUCCACAAGGAGAAGAGCCAGGCUCUCUUGGAAUUUUUGACCCCUGAGGAUGCUACUUCAGCUCUUUCUUUGGAUGGAGUGUCAUUUUCUGGGUGCAACCUUAAACUCAGGCGCCCUAAGGACUUUGCUAGUGUAACAUCUUCUUUAUCUUCUACCCCCACCCCUCACCUCGCUUUCCCUAGCAUGUAUCAGUAUCUUAUCUCAAGUUUUCAGACAGUUGCUAUUUUCAUGCAGACUGGUCUUUCUGACAAAUCAGUGGUUGCUGCUGAUUGGAUUAGCAAUGUUGUAGAGGAUUCGCCCCACAAGAUCUUUAUUGGGGGAAUCUCAAAACUUGUUUCUUCUAAAAUGCUUUUAGAGAUUGCUAGAGCCUUUGGACCUGUGAAGGCAUUUCGCUUUGAAUUUAUUGCUGAUCUUAAUGAACCUUGUGCAUUUCUUGAGUACGUUGACCAUUCAGUUACUUCAAAGGCAUGUGCUGGUCUUAAUGGUAUGAAGUUGGGUGGACGAGUUGUUUCUGCAGUAUUUGCCACUCCAGAAACUAAUAUGGAAAACAUUGGAAAGUUGCCAUUUUAUGGGAUUCCUGAGCACGCCAAGCCUCUUCUUGAGGAGCCCACAGUUGUUUUGAAGUUGAAGAAUUUGUUGGAUUUGGAAGGGCUCUCAUCACUCUCUGAGUCUGACCUAGAAGACAUAUUGGAAGAUAUAAGGCUGGAAUGUUCCAGGUUUGGGACAGUGAAGUCUAUAAAUGUUGCUAAGCCAACAAAUUCUGUCAGCACCAUGGAAGCACGCAAAGUAAAGAACACAAGUGUGUCUACUGAUCUGUACAACGUAGAGGUUGGAGAACUUGACCAAUCAGGACCUACAGUAACUCGUACUGGAUUGGAGAAUAAUAAACGAACUGUUAAUUCGGACGAGACUAUUGCUAGCAAUGUUGAAAAGGAUGAAUUCUGCAAACGACCUUCACCCGAUGAAAACAAUUCCGUGAAAGAGCCUUUGAGCCAGGAAUAUUCUCGCAGUUUUACUAGAGAGCCUGCAGAUGAAAAAUAUGAUUCAGCUUUGGAGUUCAAAAACAUGGAUAAAGUUGCAGGUUGUAUUUCCAAGAUAAAAACUUGCAUGGAAAUUGAGACUUCGACUGAAGGAGAUUUGCAGUCUGAAGAGGAACAUAAUGCAAAAGCUGGAAGUUCAGGCGAUAAAUUGAAAUUAGAGAAGAACAACGCUCCUGAGGAAGUCGGCAAAAAGGAUAUUCCUAUUAAUGUGGAAGGUGCUGACAUGGAAAGCAAACCUUUGGUAGAGGGAAAAUUUCAAAAUAAAGAACGGAAUGCGAAAUUUGGAAAUGAUGUGGAAGAAUUGAAAUUAGAAGAAAGUAAUGCUCCUGUGGAAGUGGAUAAAAAGGAUAUAAUCUCUGUGGAUCUUGAGAAUGUGUUUGAACUUGGCUGUGUUUAUGUAGAAUAUAGAAGACCAGAAGCUGCUUGUAUGGCAGCACAUUGUUUGCAUGGUCGUACGUUUGAUGGUCGUGCUGUGAGUAUUGGAUAUGUCAAUCAGGAUCUGUACCGGAUGAGGUUUAGCAAAUGAGACAUCAGAGUGUUGUCAAACUAUAUGAGUGGGCGAAAACAGGUGUGGAGCAGAUUUGGAGAAAAUGUUUAUGCAAUGUUAGCAUCAGUCUAGAAUUUCACCCAUGCUUGAAAAUGUUUUUAAGGCUAGAAAAGUUAGUGUAGCAGCUUUUUCCAGUGAAGUGAUGGCUUGCAUCUGAAAGACUAGUACAAGUUUUCAUUAGAUUGACAGGUAAAAACACUUGAUAUUUUAUGGUACAAGCCAUUUCUUACCUUUGGAAAAUGUAGUGUUGUAUUGUUGUCUUCGUGGUUUACCUUCGUGAAUUUCUUUUAGCCAUGUCUAUCGAUUUGUGGUGCUAGAAUUGAAAUUUUCAUUGGACUUGAGAAUUUUAAUAGUUCCUAUGUGUUUUGUAUGCGUCUGUUUUAAUUGAAAUUUUCGUUUGACAAACAUCUAAAACCAAUGCUAUGUAGUUGGUUGUUUGAAACGAAGUCCACCCAUGUAUGUUACGAUUGCUCUGUUC